AUGUCUUCCUCUAUUCAAGAGCCUUCUUUUCGAACCACAGUUGAUGAUGAACUCACUAUGGGCGAUGAUAGUGAUGCUCCUUAUGAACAUACAUUGAUGCAAUCUGGUUUAUUGGACUGGCUUCAUGAUGCUGGCAUCAAAAUACCCCAACAACGACUUCAAAUGCUGCUUGAACAUCUUACACAUAAAAAUAAAUAA